GUCUCAUGGUCAUUGACAUGACCUUCUUCUUGGAUGUAGCAAUUACGGAACUUUUUCCUGAUAAAUUGCCAGAAGCUUCCUGAUUUCUCUGGGAUAUUCUCAAGCAAUCUAUUGAAAGUGGAAAACUCCCUCAGUCUCCAUCUUUGAGGAUGGCUUCAUUAAGGGAAAAACCUUCUGCCAAACGCAUUUCUUGGUUUCUGCUCCCUGACAAGGGGAAAAUCCACAACCAACAUGAGGAACAGUCUACCAAAAGACAAAUUUCCUACUCUACGAACCUUGACCUUAAAGCAUUCUUCAACCCUGACAAGAAGACAUCAAAAAAGCAUUACUGCAGCAAAUGCUUGGGGAGAACCUUCCCCCAUCUCUUUUUCAUCUCUAGCUUGAUAAUCUAUGCCUUGCUGGGAGCAGCCCUCUUUUCUUUUAUUGAGAGCAGGAGGGAUGACAGAAAUGUUGAAUUCGAGGCAUUUUUGCUCCAACUCUGGAAUAACUGUAACAGCAAUGGAAAAGAAACAGAGACAGAGAGAAAAUUGCACUUCAUAAUGAAGACCAGAAGAAUGCUACUGUACCAACUGAAGCAUGAAUGGCUUCUCUCCCCUACUGAGUGGUCAUUUCUAGGAUCCUUAUUUUUCUGCUGUACGGUAUUUACUACAGUGGGUUACGGCCACAUGUAUCCCAUAACAGGACUUGGAAAAGCUCUGUGUAUGCUGUAUGCUUUCUUUGGGAUACCUUUAAUGUUCAUAGUUAUGACAGCCCUUGGUGACGUCCUAACAUCCAUACUAUCUAUGCUUUACAAUAAUUACAAAAAUCUUCGGGUCCCUCGCCUUACACUAUCUCAAAUCCGAAGGCAUAGUUCGAAAUGCACAGACUCUGAUCUUGUCAAUCAGACCUUAUCUCAUAAUGUGGUAAGAAAAUCAAGCCAUAAAGUCACCAUACAAAAAGACAUGAAUACAAAUUAUAAUUGCCUGAUGGAACAAAGCCAAAAUCUGGAAAACUUUGAAAAAAUUGCAAGGGAAGAGCGGGAAAGUUUGUUGUAUGUUCCUUCAGACAUGCAAAGAAGCCAUUCAUGUCCUGAGCUGCAGCAUUUGAAAUCACAGCGCUUACAAAGCCACAGAAGCUUAAGAGAUUUAGGAAAAAUAGUUGAAAACUUUGAUGUUCCCAUCAUAAUAAUUGCGUUGGUUGUAUUUGCCUACAUCUCCUUUGGAGCAGCAAUUCUACCACUUUGGGAAACUCAGUUGGACUUUGGGACUGCAUUUUAUUUUUGUUUUAUAACAUUUACCACAAUUGGGUUUGGGGAUAUCAAGUUGGAGAAUACCUUUGUAUUUCUCUUUUGCUCCAUUUAUGUUGUCAUUGGCAUGGAAAUUGUCAUCAUCACUUUCAAACUGCUCCAGGACAGAUUGUUCCAUGCUUACCAAGCCAUCAUAUUGUUUUUUACAAAAUGGGAUGUAGAGUAGCCAAUGGAAGAAUGCUGGGGUUUAUUUGCAUAAGUCUAUAAGAAAUUUGAUGUUCAUUAAAUCCCAGAGUUGGAAGGGACUUUAGAAAUUAAUUGUCUUCAUUGCUUUCAAACUGUCCCAGGAUAGAUUAUUCCAUGCUUAUCAAACCAUCAUAUUGUUUGUCACAAAAUGGAAAGUAAAAUAGCAACUGAAAAGUGAA